AUGAGGUUAACAACAAACAUUGAAAUUGUACCACCUCCAAAAUUGCCACCAUGUAUGUGGCGGCAUACAAGAAAAGAUCAAUUAUUAGGUACAACAAGUAGUACUACUACAACUACUAAAUCGUACAAUGAGGUUUAUGAUGUUGACAACCAUGAUGUUUACUCAGAUGCUCUAGAUGUUUUUUCGUUAGGGGAUGAGUCUAAUGAUGAGACGGAAUAUAGAAAAUCGAAUAAGGAGCUGGUUGUUCAUGAGGAAUGUAAUUAUGAUUGGUCCACCAGUAAGCCAGCAGUACCAAAUUUCAUCAUUCAAAGAUUUCUUAAAGAUGCAAAGGUACUAGCUAUUUCAUCUACCUUGGAGAAUAGAUUACAAGAGGAUGAGCAAAUUAAUGGAAGAAGAAAAUGUAGUUUUUCUCCUAAGGCAACAGUAUCAUGUGUGCUUGACAUGUUUAUUCCAUGGAGGAUAAAACCCAAGCCAUGUUGUGUGAAGAAUAGUGUAGUGGCAGCUUCGAGACCUCAAUGGAGCAAUAAAGACAAGCAUGCAUUAGAUGAGGAUCCUAAAUUUUAA